AUGGUGCGCGGACACGCCAAGGCCGAAGCCAAGGAAGCUGCUGCGAAGCGAGCUGCAGGUGGAAAGGGUUCUGGUAAGAGUCAAUUGGGAGAGGCGAGGGAGACGGCCUUGAGGCAAUUCAAGUGCCAGAAGUGCAUGAUUGGGAUACCUUCUUACAAGUCAUUGAUCCUGCAUUGGGAGAGCAAACAUCCUAAAGAUCCUAUUCCUCCCGAGUCCUCCUUCUAA